UCCUCCAUACCUGUCACCUCGCCAUGCCGGAGAGAGAAACAGUGGGUUUUAGAGAGAGAAAAAGGAAGAGAGCCUCACGCACUUCCAGCUGAAAUUGCAUUCUCUUUACACUUUUGGUACUUUCGUAAGUAUAGUGAGAGAGAGAGAGAGAGAGAGUAGAGAGAGAAAAAGGUGAGUAGGUUUACGCCGCACGGGAUGUAUGGGAGGCAGAGGAGACCGGCGGGGCCACGGCUUGACCGGCGAAACGCCGCCAAGGGAAUAGACUACGAGGCUUCCGACUUCGCGGCGUCGCCGUCGUCGUCUUCGUUCGACGACCAGUCGUCUCGAGGGCCUCGUCGAUCGCUGCACGUUUUACCGCUGUGUGACUGUACGAGCUUCCGAGUUGAGGGAUCCGAAGGCCAGUUAGAUCAAAUUUGCCACUUCCUCGGCCUUUCACUAGAAGAUUUCGCGAUUCCAGCUGCUGCUUGGGAGGCUGGGAGAAAGUGGUUGCCCUCGGGUAGCGUCGGGGGCCCUAGACUUACCAGGAGUCGAAAUUUGGUAGCAGAUGAGCCGUCCGAUAGUAUUGUAGCUAGUAUUCAGGUUAUGAAUAGUUUAAAUUUCAAUGAAGUUGAUACUAUGGAUACGGUAACCAGUGCAAUUAGAAGUAAUAUAUGGCAUAAAGACGGUGGCCGGGGACUUAAGGGGAGUCGGUUACAGAGACUGGCUCCUCUGGAGUUAGUUGGGGAUUUAAUUAGGAGCUUUGGUCCUCCUCAUGAUGACGAAGAUGCUGGUUUAGUGUUGAGUGCCCCAACCAGUUCUGGUCGGUUUCAAAGAGUCGAGGACGCAGGAAAUGCAAUGGCUAACAAAGAGAGAAGUGAGGAUAACUUAAGAGAAGGUGAUCGUGGCAUUCCGGAAUAUUUUUCAGAGCCAUUGAGAAAUGACAAUGAUUAUUCAUCCAGCUUUACAACGGAAUCUGUGAAUUCUAUGUCACCUUGUGGCUCUUCCAGUUUCAGCAUAAAAUCCUGGCAGAAAGGUGGCUUUCUUGGGAGUGGGUCAUUUGGAAGGGUUUAUGAAGGUUUCACAGGUGAUGGCUUCUUUUUUGCUGUGAAGGAAGUUUCUUUACUUGACCCUGGAAGCAUUCUUCAACUUGAGCAGGAGAUUUCAGUUUUGAGUCAGAUCCAACAUGAAAACAUUGUUCGGUAUCAUGGCACAGACAAGGAUGAUAGCAAACUCUAUAUCUUCCUUGAGCUUGUAGCCCAAGGUUCACUUGCAAAACUCUACCAUACGUACCACUUACGUGAUACCCAGGUUUCUGUGUACACUAGACAGAUUUUGAGUGGACUGCAUUAUCUUCACUCCCGAAAUGUGGUUCAUAGGGAUAUCAAGUGUGCCAAUAUACUGGUGGAUGUAACUGGUUCAGUGAAACUUGCAGAUUUUGGGUUGGCAAAGGCAACAAAGCUGAAUGAUAUCAAAUCUUGCAAAGGGACGGCAUUCUGGAUGGCGCCAGAGGUUGUUAAUAGGAAGAACAAAGGGUAUGGGCUUGCUGCUGAUAUAUGGAGCCUUGGCUGCACUGUCUUGGAGAUGUUAACUCGCCAAAUUCCUUACUCUCACUUAGAUGGGAUGCAAGCGAUAUUCAGGAUUGGUAAGGGCGAGCUUCCCCGUAUACCCAAAUCCUUGUCAAAAUAUGCUCAGGACUUCAUCUGUAAAUGCUUACAAGUUAACCCAAGUAACCGACCUACUGCUGCUGAACUAUUGGAUCAUCCAUUUGUGAAGAAGCUGCCAUUUUCAGCCUCUUGUCCUUUGCCUACAAGGUUUUGAAAUAUUUAAUGCAACAUUAUUUGUCAAUUCUAUUGAGGUAAACACACUAACAUACGAAGUUACUAACACAUACAUGUUAUUAAUUGACUUUGGAUCUAGCAGUCCUGUCUGUCAUAAGAAUGGUUUGAUCUAUUUAAAGAGUAGUCUUAAAAAUUUAAAGACCAUUAUGGA